CGAAACAGUGCUAUAGCGUUGUCGUUUAUCCCCACAACCGAAAGAGACCACAGCCAUACACGAGAAGCCAACCACGGACGACGGGAACGCGCGCGCCUUCGAACCCAGACGACUAUAUGAUUACUUCUCUUUGAUAGAUCCUCCACGCAUCCCAUGGCGCGUCCAUUGGGGCCGGUUCGUCUUAAGAGGACGAGCCCGGGAACGAUCGCUGUUGGCAUCGUCCUCGUAAUCGUCAUCCUCUACCUUCUAGUAUCCCCCUCAGCUCCCGACUUCUCUGCCGCUCGCAAGGCCACAGCCGCGUUGCAUCCUCUCUCUCCGCCGACAUCACCUUUCCGCAAGUCAAGCGCUGUCGGCGGCAAAGCAGGUCCUCCACCAGUAACACGCUACAACCUCAACAAUGUCACCAUUACAAACGACCCCGUUGGCAACCGCGAGAACGUCCUUGUCCUUACGCCCAUGGCCCGCUUCUACCAGGAGUACUGGGAUAACCUGUUGAAGCUGUCGUAUCCCCACGAGCUGAUCACACUGGGCUUUAUUCUGCCCAAGACCAAGGAGGGUAACGCGGCCACCGUUGAGCUCCAGAAGCAGAUCGCAAAGAUCCAGAAGCAUGGACUUGAGAAGGAGAGGUUUAAGAGCAUCAUCAUCCUACGACAAGACUUCGACCCGCCCAUCCCGUCCCAGGAUGAGAGCGAGCGCCACAAGAUGGCAAAUCAGAAGGCACGCCGGGCUGCCAUGGCCAAAGCCCGCAACUCGCUCCUCUUUACGACUCUCGGGCCCGACACAUCGUGGGUGUUGUGGUUGGACGCCGACAUCAUCGAGACACCUCCUACUCUCAUCCAGGAUCUUGCCAGCCAUAGCAAGCCGCUCACGGUGCCCAACUGCUUCCAGCGGUUUUACAACGCGGAAAAGAAGGCCAUGGACGAGCGGCCCUAUGACUUCAACAACUGGCAGGACAGCCCGACCGCGCAAGAGCUGGCUUCCAAGAUGGGCAAGGACGACAUUCUCCUCGAAGGGUACGCCGACAUGGCAACCUACCGGGCCCUAAUGGCUUACAUGUAUGAGGCGGGUGCGGAUAUACACACCGAAGUGCCUUUGGAUGGCGUAGGCGGUACGGCGUUGCUGGUGAAGGCCGAGGUGCACCGUGACGGAGCCAUGUUCCCCGCGUUCCCCUUUUACCACUUGAUCGAGACGGAAGGCUUUGCCAAAAUGGCCAAAAGACUGGGCUGGCAAGCAACUGGUUUGCCCAAUUACAAGGUUUAUCAUUACAACGAGUGA